AGAGCAGAAGAAAACAAUCGCCAAAUAAGCUAGAUAUCAAAACUUGAUUGGCGGCUCAAAAUCCUUGAGGUUACUUCAGCUCAUAUCAACAUGCGUGUAGUUUUCCCCCACCCAUGACUUCCUCUAUCAACUAGUUUUCACCAGUUUUUGCUGUGAAGAUUUUUGUCUAUGAAAAUACUUCUGAGACUCCCAGAAGCAAUGAAACUUGCUUAUGAAACAAUAUCACCACUUGGUGGCAAAGAUUACAAUCUCUCUCCAGUGCUUCUUCUACACGGAAUGCUAGACUCUCGGAAAACAUGGAAAUAUGUGGCUUCGAAACUCGCAAAUAACACAGGAAGAAAGGUUUAUGCUAUUGAUGCAAGAAAUCACGGUGACAGUCCCUGGGACGAUAGAUUUGAUUUUGAUGUUUUAGCAGACGAUCUAGAUGAAUUCAUGGAUCAACAAUGCAUUUCCAAGGCCAUUCUUAUUGGACACAGUAUGGGAGGACGAACGGCAUUAACCCUAGCACUAAAGAAACCGGAAAAUGUGGAAAAGUUAAUCGUCGAAGACAUGACGCCUCGUAAUUUUACGCCUCGCUCUAGUAGAUUAAUAGUACAGCUAAUAAACGUUUUAAGAAGCUCACUUGAAGUUAUUCCACAAGGGGUUGAUGAAACCACAGCAAAGAAAACAAUUGUACAGUUUAUAAAAGAUUUAUUGCCAGAAGAAAAUAUACCUUCAUCUAAAGGAGAAUUUGAUUUAGAAAUGAUCCCUCUGAAGAAAGACGGCGAGAAUUACUUAUGGAAAGCAAAUCUGGAUGUUAUUGAAGAUAUGCUAACUACAGAUAAAAUACUGCAAAAUCUCUCUGGAACGUAUACGGGAAAAGCAUUAUUUUUAUACGGAACAAAAUCAUUUUUCAAAGUUGAGAAAGAUGAGCGGAUUCCACAAUUUUUUCCACAGUCAACAAAACUGGGAUUUGAAGGAGCCAAUCACUUGAUUCAUCAUGAAUUUCCGAAACAGUUUGUAGCAGAAGUUUCCAAAUUUAUAACUGGAAGAGUGAAUCCUCAAUCAAAAUACUAAGAAAUCAUGGAUAAUAUCGCCUAACUGUAUAAGAAAAAUAACUUCUUUCAAAUUGCAAUUUAUUUUUGUUUAAAUGAUUGAAUGAUGUUAAUAUGAGCGCUUAAAAAUAAAUAAAUGAAUAAAAAAUACGAUAAGAAAACGUUA